GCCAGGGCCGCGGCGAUGUCGUCGUCGUCGUCGUCGCCGCCGCCGCCGCCGCCGCCGGCGGGGGCUGCCGGCGCCGCCAUCUCGGCCUCGGAGAAAGUGGACGGCUUCACCCGGAAAUCGGUGCGCAAGGCGCAGAGGCAGAAGCGCUCGCAGGGCUCGUCGCAGUUCCGCAGCCAGGGCAGCCAGGCGGAGCUGCACCCCCUGCCCCAGCUCAAAGAUGCCACUUCCAAUGAACAACAAGAGCUUUUCUGUCAGAAGUUGCAGCAGUGUUGUAUACUGUUUGAUUUCAUGGACUCUGUUUCAGACUUGAAGAGCAAAGAAAUUAAAAGAGCAACACUGAAUGAACUGGUUGAGUAUGUUUCAACUAAUCGUGGUGUAAUUGUUGAAUCAGCGUAUUCUGAUAUAGUAAAAAUGAUCAGCGCUAAUAUCUUCCGUACUCUUCCUCCAAGUGAUAAUCCAGAUUUUGAUCCAGAAGAGGAUGAACCCACGCUUGAGGCCUCUUGGCCUCACAUACAAUUGGUGUAUGAAUUCUUCUUAAGAUUUUUGGAGAGCCCUGAUUUCCAGCCUAGCAUUGCAAAGCGAUACAUUGAUCAGAAAUUUGUACAACAGCUCCUGGAGCUUUUUGAUAGUGAAGAUCCCAGAGAACGUGACUUCCUGAAGACUGUUCUGCACCGAAUUUAUGGGAAAUUUCUUGGAUUAAGAGCAUUCAUCAGAAAACAAAUUAACAACAUUUUCCUCAGGUUUAUAUAUGAAACAGAACAUUUCAAUGGUGUUGCUGAACUCCUUGAAAUAUUAGGAAGUAUUAUCAAUGGCUUUGCAUUGCCACUGAAAGCAGAACAUAAACAAUUUCUAAUGAAGGUUCUUAUUCCUAUGCAUACUGCAAAAGGAUUAGCUUUGUUUCAUGCUCAGCUAGCCUACUGUGUCGUACAGUUCCUGGAGAAGGAUACUACACUAACAGAACCAGUGAUCAGAGGGUUGCUGAAAUUUUGGCCAAAAACAUGCAGUCAGAAAGAGGUGAUGUUUUUAGGAGAAAUUGAAGAAAUCUUAGAUGUCAUUGAACCCACACAGUUCAAAAAAAUUGAGGAGCCUCUUUUUAAGCAGAUAUCCAAGUGUGUAUCCAGUUCUCAUUUUCAGGUUGCAGAAAGGGCAUUGUACUUCUGGAAUAAUGAGUAUAUUCUUAGUUUGAUUGAGGAGAACAUUGAUAAAAUUCUGCCAAUUAUGUUUGGCAGUUUAUAUAAAAUCUCCAAAGAACACUGGAAUCCGACCAUUGUAGCACUGGUGUACAACGUGCUUAAAACCCUAAUGGAAAUGAACGGCAAGCUGUUCGAUGACCUUACUAGCUCAUACAAAGCUGAAAGACAAAGAGAGAAAAAGAAGGAAUUGGAACGUGAAGAAUUAUGGAAAAAAUUAGAGGAGCUAAAGCUAAAGAAAGCUCUGGAAAAGCAGAACAGUGCUUACAACAUGCACAGUAUUCUCAGCAAUACAAGUGAUGAAUAAAAAAAAGCCCACCGCCUCUGUUGGAUAGGCAGUUUUGUACACUUUUUUGAAAUAUGUAAAAUUAUGAAACAAACCUCUCAGUAUAAUAUAAUUAAAAAAGGCCAACUUUUUUUCUGGCAACUGUAAAUGAAAAAUAUGGACUAAACAUAGCCCUGUGCUAUAUCAUGUCCAUAGUAUAUUGUAACCUUUGUCUAAUCAUGGAUUUAUUGUGUCACUUCUGAAGUUUCACAGAAAUGAAUGAACUUUAUCAUCUAUGAUAUGAGUGAGAUAAUUACGGGAGUGGUAAGAAUUAUGACUUGAAUUCUUUGAUUGUGUUGCACAUAGAUAUAGUAGUCUGCUCUGUAUAUUUUUCCCUUUUAUAAUGUGCUUUUCACAUUGCUGCAGACCUUAGUUACAUCCUAGGAAAAAGAAUAUUUCCUAAAAUAAAACUAAGGUAUAAUCCUUACCCUCCCCUCUGUUGCUCCCAGAAAAUACAAUGGGGAGAGUUACCUGCCCUAAGCCUUCCUUCCUUCAUUAGAGAUAUUACUGCACUCUGGAAUUUGAGCAGAAACUUAAAUCUCCAGACUUUCUGAAGCACAAAAUAUAAAUAAAAGCUGGGAAAGUAAACCAAAUUCUUUAGAUUGUUCCUCAUGAAUAUUCCCCCCUUCAUCUGCAACUCCCCAGAGUGAUGAGCCCAGACUCCUGGAGGCAGUGCAGGUGAACACUGAGCCUGCCUCUCAGUUCAUUCCUCCUCUUCCUCCUGAAGGCUGAAGGCAGGGCCCUUCCAGUCCUCACAACCUGCCCUUCCUCCUGACCCAGGGAAGGAGGCUUUGAGUCCCACAAUGUGGUGACGCAGAGCGCUCACUGUCACUGCCUGGCUUUAUUUAAAGGAAAUGCGGUAGGCUGCCCCUGUAGAGUUCCUGACUGUAGCGAGGUCUUGUAUGUUUUCACUUGGUCAAGUAUUUCUCACAUCUUUUGUUAUGAGUACCAUUCCAAUCUCUUUACUUGCAGUUGUGUGGAAAACUGUUUUGUAAUGAAAGAUCUUCAAUGGGGGAUUGAGCAGCAUUUAAUAAAGUCUAUGUUUGUAUUUUG